CAUAAAUUGGCAUCCUUCUCAACUGUGGUUUGACGAUUGCUCCACUUUGGCCCCUUUUCUCCACUGGUUGGUAGCGUCAGGCCGAAGAAGCAAUAACUUGCUUGCUUGUUUGACUGCUCGAACGAAAAGUGGAAUUAACGAUGGGUAGGCUUUUCCUAACUUUCCUGGAAGGGAAUAUGUACGGAUGCAAGUACUGUCACACGCAUCUGGCUCUCGAGGAUGACAUUGUGUCUAAGUCAUUCCAAAGCAGUCAUGGGAACGCUUAUCUAUUUGAUAAAGUUGUGAAUAUUACUGUUGGUGAGAGAGAAGAUAGGAUGAUGACAACUGGAAUGCACACUGUUGUUGACAUAUUCUGUGUGGGUUGUGGCUCUCCUCUUGGUUGGAAAUAUGAGAUUGCACAGGAAAAGCUUCAGAAGUACAAGGAAGGAAAAUUCAUUCUGGAGAGGUAUAUGAUUUUGGGGCCAAAUGGGACGAACUAUUUGAGGAGUCCAGAUGCCGAGGUUGAUGGAAGUGAUGCCGAUGAAGAAUGAGAACUGUGAUUACUCUGCGAAUGAUAGUAAUAAUAAAAUGGUAAAUACCAAUUCUUCUCUAAUUGCACUUCUCUUCUAGCUACAGAAGUUACAAAAGAACAGGUGCGCGUAGUAGCUAGGCAGCUAUAAUUCUCAGGAUAUAGUGUCUUUUUUUUCUUUUGAGUUUAUAUCUUUUGUAGCAAUCAUUAACAAUAAAGUUUUCUCUAUCAAAGUUCUUGUUGAUUUGGAACCAUAAUUUCCAAACAUGGAUGGUUUGUCACUUUAUGGCCCUUCGUGCCACUCUUCUAAGGACUAUUGAAAUUUAUGAAAGUCUCAUUGCCAACUAGCAGUGGAGUCUUUUUGGCAGUACCCUAAAUCAAACACUGAGGAGGAUGAAAGAUAAAGGAACAAGAUAGUGAGACUAAGUUCUGGACAGAAAAUAGAUUAUAAUGAAAAUCUGGGACAUGUAAAACAUCAAGGAGUUCUGUUCAUCAAGGAGUUCUAUUCCAUUUUGUAAGAGAACAUUUCCUACAUGUAAAACACUUGCUUUCUGUCUUUUAGAUAUAGUAAUGGAGCAGGGUUUAAAGAUGGGUUUAUAUGAGGAAAAUUUGUUUAGAUUGAGAGUAAUAUGAUAGGAUGCUUCAUUAGUUGAUUUUGGAUUAACCUGAAAUAACUCCUAGUAGAACCACAUCUACAACUACCCAAUGUCACCAAGGCCAAGGUAAGAUAGGUUUCCCAAAAAUGGUCUGAAAUUAAAAAAUAAAAAUUACAUAUUACUCCCUUUAUCUUAAAAUGAUCUUCCGAGUCACUAUUCACAUGUUCUUUAUUAUCAAAUAUUACCCCGAUGGUCUUUCUUUGACGUGUAGCUUUCCACAACCAGUCUUUUUUAUGAUUUUUUGUCAUGUUGGGGUUAAUUUGAAGGAUAAAGGUAUAAUUUUACAAUGAUAAUAUAUCUUUCUUGUCAUAGACAAUUUCAGAGGUCGCUUCUGAUGCGUCGUUUGUAAAUUAUGGUCGCUUUCUACUACAAUUAUAGUCUAUAGAUAUAGUCUUUUGUUGAAAUCCUAUUUCACAGUCAUAGUCAUUAUUGUUGUGUUGUCCAUCUAACAGACAUCAGAAUACGUCACUGAACAUAAGGUUGAUGUCAAAUUUAGUCCUUAAAUUAAUAUCAAAAUGACAGAAGAUCAAAAAAAUAUAUUUGCAAAAAAGUGCCCAUAAAAGAAAGACCACGGAGGUAAUAUUUGAUAAUAGAGAACUAAAUAGGGAUAACAUCUUGUUAUCAAGGACCAAUUAUAGAAUUUACUCUUUUUAUUUUUUAAUUUUACACCUAUAAUCAAGUAGAUUGAAUUGAAAAUAAUUUUAGUCAAACCUCGUAGAUCGAAUUGAGAAGAUCAUUUUAUGACGGCGGGAGCAAUAAACUUGUAAUUAAAAAAUGUUUCAGAAUGAACACUACAUUGAGCAGAGCAGGCUUGGAAUGAAUAUUACAUUAUUUUAGAAUUAAUACUAUAUUGUUUGUAAACAAGUACGGAGUAUUAUAAUUCUAUGGAUAAAUGUAUGAAAUUGAACACAACGUUAGUAUGUUGCUUCACAACGCAUAUUAUGCUAAUUCAAAAUAGAAUUUACUUAAAUAGUACUAAAACAUAAUGACUUUCCCUAAAUAGCAUCACAUGUAUUUUUUUCCUAAUGUUGCAUUUUUAGUCAUUAUCCAUUAUUCGAGUAAAUGUUGGCCAUCACUGGACAUUAUGGACAUUAUUAAGUACUAUGUAGAGAAUAAAACAAUUUAAGUGCUAUUUAAGUAAAUGACUUAAAUUUUAGUGCUAUUUAGUACAAAUAUUUCUUUGUUAAGUGUACCUGGCUCUAGGUACACCCGAAUGUACAAUAUAGGCUCCCUCGGAAA